GCGGCGUGUCCCAGAAUGCCUUGCGCGGGCGGCGGGCGCGGUCCGAGCCUGGCUCCGGAGCGGGGCUGGGCCCGGCCGGGCGGGCGGCGUCAGCCGGUAACUAGCCCGCGGGCCGGGGCCGGCGCGCGGCAUGGCCGGGCGCGGGGCCCGCUCUCGCCGGGGCGCCGGCUCCUGCUGCUGCUAGCCCGGGGCGGAGGCGACCAUGGGCGGCGGCCGGGCGCGUGGGACCCCCCUGGGCCUGCUGGCGGCCCUGCUGUGGGCUCCCCUCGCCGCGGGGGCGGCGGCCCUGGGGGCGGCGGAGAGGAGCCAGCUCAGAAACACGCGUAUCCUGCAGAUGAGCUAAUGCCUUUGAGUUGUCGGGGCCGAGUGCGCGGGAUGGAGCCGAGUCGUGGGGAUGUUGACGACGCCCUUGGCAAGUUUUCCCUCACUCUAAUUGACACUUUGGAUACGCUUGUGGUCCUUAACAAGCUGGAUGAGUUUGAGGACGCUGUGCGGAAGGUGGUCCUGGACGUGCGGCUGGACAACGACGUGGUGGUCUCUGUCUUUGAAACCAACAUUCGUGUGCUCGGGGGCCUGCUGGGGGGUCACAUCAUGGCCGACAUGUUGAAGGCACAAGGCGUGCGGUUGCAGUGGUACAAGGAUGAGCUCCUGCACCUGGCCCGAGACUUAGGGUACCGUCUCUUGCCUGCUUUCAACACCACCAGCGGGCUGCCGUACCCUAGGGUGAACCUGAAGUAUGGGGUCCUGAGUCCGAACUCCCGGACAGGCACCGAGCUGGACACCUGCACGGCCUGCGCUGGCACCAUGAUUUUGGAGUUUGCUGCCCUCAGUCGCCUGACACAAGAGACUAUUUUUGAAGACACCGCUCGGAGAGCGCUGGAUGUUCUCUGGGAGAAGCGCCAGAAAGGGAACGACCUGGUGGGGACGGUCAUCAACAUUCACAAUGGGGACUGGGUCCGGAGGGACAGCGGGGUCGGAGCUGGGAUAGACUCUUACUACGAAUACCUGAUGAAGGCGUAUAUCCUCCUGGGGGACGACACCUACCUGGAGAGGUUCAACGCUCAUUACGUGGCCAUAAUGAAAUACAUCAGCCAGCCUCCCCUCCUGCUCAACGUCCAUAUGCACAACCCCACAGUCAGCAUCCGGAGCUGGAUGGACUCCCUCUUGGCCUUCUUCCCCGGCCUCCAGGUGCUGAGGGGGGAUUUGAAGCCCGCUAUCGAGACACAUGAGAUGCUGUACCAGGUCACUAAGCAACACAAAUUCCUCCCAGAGGCGUUCACGUCCGACUUUGCCGUGUACUGGGCCCAGCAUCCUCUGCGGCCGGAGUUUGCCGAGAGUACUUACUUCUUGUACAAGGCUACACGAGACCCCUACUACCUCCAGGUUGGCAAGUCUAUUGUAGAGAGCCUGAACGAGUAUGCCCGGGUGGCCUGCGGCUUUGCGGCGGUGCAGGAUGUACGGACGGGCCGACACGAGGACAGGAUGGACUCCUUUUUCCUGGCCGAGAUGUUUAAGUACCUCUACUUGCUUUUCACAGAGAAGCGAGAUCUGCCUCUAGACAUUGACGAUUACAUCUUCACCACCGAGGCCCACCUGCUGCCCCUGUCGCUCUCCACUGCCCGGCCCCCCUGCCCCAGGAACGUGACUAUGUUUCACAGGGGCCAUGGAGAGGAGGAGAUUUUUACCCGUUCUUGCCCCAGCGCACAGACUCUCUUCCCCAAUAACCCAACCUUCACUCGCACCAUCCGGGAUGCCCACAAGCAGCUGCUGCAGCCAGGAGCGGAGCACCUGGCGCUCUUCAGGGGGAUUGAGUUCCCGCUCCAUGAUACCAGGAUGGAGCCCUUGGAGAUCUUGAAGAGAAUGGGACUGACCCUGCUCCCUCUGGGCGAUCGGAGGGUGCAGCUGACUGGCAUCCGACACCAGCAAGAAGCUUCUCCUCUGGGGCUCUUCAGCCUGAAAUUCAUCACCGAGCUGGUCGACCUACCUGCUGUAGAGCAGCAAGGCAUCUCCCCGCUGGCUGUCCAAGUUAUUUCUCCCCCCUUUUUUGGGAGAAUGGUACUCACUGCUGGACCAGCCCAGUUUGGAAUGGACCUGACCAAACAGGAACAUGGGGUGAAAGGAAGCUUAGUGCUGAGUGAACCUUACCAGGCCUGUGCAGUGAUCACCAACCGGGAGGAGGUGCAAGGGAAAAUGGUGCUGGCCCAGAGAGGUGAAUGCAUGUUUGCCGACAAAGCCAGGAACUUGCAGAAAGCAGGAGCCUCGGGGGUGAUUUUCAUCGACAAUGCUGAAGGCAGCUGCAGUGAGGAGAUGGUUCUGUUCCAGAUGGUGGGAGAUGGAAGCACUAGUGACAUAGUCAUCCCCCUUGUCUUCCUCUUCCAGAAGGAGGGUCAAGUCCUUUUAGAUGCACUGGCCCAACAUCAUAAUGUGGAUGUGCUUCUGGCCACUAAACCUGUGUUCCUAGGUGAAGAAAAAACAGCCCAGCCCUUGUCUGCAAGUCAGUUGUACGAGGCAGCCACAGAGACCCAGACCAGGAUGGUAACAAGUGCUCCAGACCAAGCAUGAGUUGAGGUUGCUUCACCUGGUGCCCAGGAGGCGAGUGGCCAGCCAGCAGCUAGAAGGCAGGUGUCCUGACCCCACCUGUGGAAGCUGCUCCAACAGCAUGGAAAAAGCAGAAGUGUUGCACUCCUACUGCUUACUGCAGAGCACGAGUCACAGUUUAGAAACCCAGUUGCCAAAAUCCUCAGGAACUUUCAUGUUUGUAAUUGGGAGGAAGGGAAAGGUGGCAUUUAGCUGCUAGCCAGAGUGCGAGUGAGUAGCAUCUAUUAUUUAACACUUGUGCCAAAUGUGUCGGUGAUGCUAAGGGCCAAUGUGAAAUAGAAAGCUGUUGCCCACUGUUGGUUUGUUAAUGUGCAAGUGAAAGAGUUUCUGAGGUGAGUAUCAGCUGUAGCCUUUUCCUUGAUCUUACUGCAGACAAAGAGUUUGGGAUUUUGUACCAGCUUUAACUUUCACGGGCUAUGCUCUGCAGUCUGUAUGGUACUAACAAGUGUCAGAGGCUCACUACUGCAUGUAUAAACAGCUGGAAUUAAAUUGCCUGUGUGGCUUUUUAAAAGCCUAAUUGAAAUUUUACAGGCUUUUAGGACUUGAAGGCAAAGCAAGUAAGGGGGUACUUGGCCAAUCUACAACUGAUCUAUGGUGCCUUUCUAGCUAGCAGCUGGUACUGACUAAUGGUGGGAGGAAGAGACUACAUCCAUCAGUAUGUCCAUCAAACUUUUGCCUGAAGGAGGAAACAGUGCACUGCCAUUGAAGUUCUAUGGUGCCCUUUAUGAUGUACAAACUUGUAUAAACUUUCUCCUCCUAUCCCUUCUGGGAAGGGAGGCCUGAGAAUUCCAUUUUUGUACAGUAGUUUAAAGGCUAUUUGAGAACUUUCCUACAUCCUCUUAUUGCAGGGCACUGCUUGCUCAGUUAGGUGGUGGCUGAGAGAAGCAGUCUUCUCUCACUCUGGGCCUCUGAAAUCUGCACUUUACUUUCAAUUCUUAAUGGGAGUCAGACUUGGGCUCUGUAAUUUCAGGAGCACAAGGGAGAAGUGAUGUUGUAAAGGAACUGGCCUCAGCAAAUUAAACGUUCCUCGUAUGGUCCCUUUCAAUAUGUGUUACCAACUGCUUUUGGUUUAGGGUUUGUGCAAAAGACAAGUCCUGUCUUACUAGGACUCUUCUAUGGGCUAGCUGCCUUUAUGGGAACUUGCUUGUUUUAAACCCACCACAAGCCUUGCGGUGAUGCAUUUAUUUUCACUGUGCCCCUGUUGAGGGAAGUGGGAAACUGGUGACUUCCCAGCCUCAGGGAUCAAGCACUCUUCUCUACAUUUAGUUUAAAACAAUCUUUAGCUCAGACAGUGCCCUAGCCUGGUUACUGCUCCCCUUCCCCAUUGCAAAGGAAGGGCUUGGCUUGUACUGCUGUGUGAAACCAGACCACUGGGCUUUGGCAUAUAAUUGAGUGGGAAAAUGAGGGCUUUGCAGAAGAAUCAGACCAGCAGGGUUAAGUCAAAUCUUUGUAUUGCAUACACAGAACUGGUGCUAGUUUCAUUAAAUGCAUCAUAUUUUUAUAUAAAAUGACCAGCAUAUCUCAUGUGGAGGUCAGGCUAAAAAUGCAAAUUAAGAGUAAGAGGAGAGCAGUGAACCCUGCGGCCAGAGCACCUGGUCAAUGCUGAGUUUGGUGCAUCCAUUGCCAGCAAUGGAUGGCAUCACAUUUAAACAGUAAAGGACCUCACACUAGGAAUCAGAAUUUAACUGAGUACACAGCUUUGUCACAUUCCCUGGAACAGCUUUAGCUUCCCCUUAUACCUGCCACUGGACAGUCCUAACCCUAGUUCUGCUGCUUAAGCCUCAACAGCAAUCCUUACGGGAUGAAGCUGCACUCACUCCCCCAAUCAUCAGCCCACAA